AUGGGUCAAGUUAAGGAUCGUGUUGAUGCCGCCAAUCAACUUGCUUCGUUAGUGCGUGAUAAUGAUAGGAAUAAGAAGAUGAUUGUUGAAGAAGGUGAGAUUUUUCCUUUGUUGAAGUUGCUUAAGGAAGGUGCUUCUGUAGAGGCACGAAUUGCUGCUGCCAUUGCACUUUUUAAUAUUGCUAAUGAUAAACAUAGAGUCAGGUUGAUUAUUGACGCGCUUAGGACUUCGAUGAUUGUUGGGGUUUUAGAGGAUUCACCAAUGAAGGUUCAGAUUUCGGUGGCCAAUUUUGUGGCGAGAAUGGCAGAUUUGGACGAUAAUGGACAGGAGGAGUUUAUGAGAUUGAAUGUGACAAGACCAUUGAUGUCUUUGUUGUCUAAUCAUUUGGAUUUGGAAGUAGUGAAUGAUAAUCCUGUUAAAACUAGUAUUCCCUCACUUGUCGAAAUGAACAAACAAUUAGCUUAUAAGAAUAUUAAGGCUAAUUAUAAUUCGGACAGUAGUAGCCAUGGUGGUUCACAUAAUAAGAAGGAGAGGGAAAUGGAGACACCAGAGGUGCAGCUUAAGGUUAAGGUUAAGGUUAAGGUUAGUUGUGCUGAGGCAUUAUGGAAACUGUCAAAAGGGAAGAUCACGGCGGUGGCAGAGUCCAAUGCUGAUAUUAGACAUGCAGCUUUUAAGCCUAAUUUACCUGGUGCAAAGGUGGUUUUGGAUAAGCUUUUAAGAGUGAUUCAAGAAGAAAGUGAUCCAAAGUUGCAGAUUCCUGCUAUUAGGUCUAUUGGUUGCUUGGCUCGAACAUUUCCUACAAGGGAGACUCGAAUAAUGAGGCCUUUGGUUUCUCAUCUUGGUAAUAGGAAUGCGGAUAUCGCUACAGAAGCUGCAAUGGCCUUGGGGAAAUCAGCUCAACUACAGGGACUUGUAUUAUUAUGCUACCUUGCAUUGAAUGCUGGGAACAAUAAGGCUCUUGAGCAAGCACGCGCUUUGAAUGCUCUUGAGGGGACUGCUCGAUCUGUUUUAGCUCAACAUCCUGAUUUGAAGGAUUUGAUUGCCAAGGCCAUACACCUCCUCAUUCUUUAUCAUGCUGGAGCUACUCUCAAUAGACAGUCUCUGGCAUCAUGA